UCCUAUACUAAAUACCAUGUUCCAUUCUUAACACCAUUUUCUAAAUAAAAUUAACAAUGCUGUUGCAUUUUCAUAAAAUACCCGUUAUCGAUGAGUACACUUUAAACACUAGCAACAAUCGUUUUCGUGUAAUCUUGCAUUCGGUGUAAAAAUGCAACAAAUAAAAACACGUUAACGGGCAUUAACAUCCAAAAUGGGAAUGGGGACGUUUAAGAAGUAAUAAAAUUAAUACUAAGACAUCGUGUAAUUGUUCAAGAAACCGAUGACGUAUUUUACGUGCUUUAUCACAUUGAGUAUUGCCAUGUGUUUGCUCAAAUGAAAUGUAUGAAUGCAAAAUAUUCACAUAUGUAUCUAUCCCCUAUACGGUGUACUGUUUGAGUAAAGUACCAUGCUAUUUUCGUGUACUCCAAAGAGCACUCUAUAAGAAGUGUAGCUACCAUUGCUCAACGAUUAAUUUAACGGUAAUUAGAUCGCGAAGAAAUGAAGUGUCAGCGAGAAGCCAACGUAGGAAUCAUUUUUAUUUGCUUUGCCGGAUUGAGAACAUGACUAAGAAACGUGUACUUCUCCUAGUGUUAGCAAUAUGUGUGUGCUUUGUAAUUUGUGCUAUUAUGUAAGUAUCACGGGCACUGUCGGAGUAAAAUACUUUGCACAUUUUAAAUCUUAUUUGGAAAUAAAUUUAGCAAUAAAUUACCACUGAGAAUAAUUAAACUAAGAUCAGCGAAAGACCAGUUCCGUUGUAUUUUUGGGGGUAUGCAAUGCCAAUUCUUGGCGUUACUUUGGCCCCCUCAGCUUCAGAAAUUCAUGAUGGAUUAUUUCUGAAAAGACCGGGAAAACUGAUCAUUGAUACUGAUGCUGGAGCUGACGACGCUAUGGCGAUACUUUUGACUCUUGCUUCGCAGAAAAUCGACGAAGGAAAUCUUGAAAUAUUAGCUUUUACUUGUGUCAAUGGAAACACGAAAGUCGAUAAUGUUGUGACGAAUGUAUUAAAGACUCUGACGAUUGCUAAAAGGUCCGACAUUCCAGUUUAUAUUGGUGCAGCAGAAUCGUUAGCACCAAGUUCUGCCUUUGAUGCAGAUUUCUUUGGAAAAGAUGGGUUGGGUGAUUUUGAUUUUAAAGAAGAUAUUAUUAUCGAGCCCGUUAAAAAUAAAACAGCUCCAGAUGCCUUAGUUGAGAUAAUUAAUCAAUACCCAGGCGAAGUCACUAUAUUAACUCUUGGUCCACUGACGAAUAUUGCAUUGGCAAUUAAUUUGGAUUCAAGUUUUUCAUCAAAAGUUAAACAAUUUAUCUCGAUGAGCACAUCAGGCAAAAGGGGCGAAUUGGAAUUUAAUGCUGAAUUUGAUCGGAAGAGUUAUGAUAUAGUGGCUAAGGCUGAAAAGAACCAGACAAUGGUUAUUUUACCGCUCUCGGUAGCAAAAAAUGCAGCCAUAUCAAAGAAGUGGCGCAAGGAAGUCUUUGGAAAGAGUAACUCCUCUGUGGUGAAUUUUUUAAACCUUGCCGAAAGAGUUGCCCUACCAAAAAUGUCACCAGGAUGGUCACCACCCGAUCAAAUGACUGCAGUUGUGAUGUUGUGGCCGAAAUUAAUAUUAAAAAGCGAAAUACGCGAUCCUCUCGCCGAAGUGAGUCGUAAUGAUAUUAAGAAUGAUGCGAAGGAAGCAUUAUUCGUGCAGUCUCUAGAUGUGGACAAAUUUAAAGAAGCACUUCUACACUACAUACCAUGAUUAGAACAAAUUACUCAAUUGAC